ACUGCCCCUGGACCUAGUAACUAAUCAGACAUGCAAGGGAUUAGAGAUAAGGGUUUAUGGGCUGGCGGUAUCAAGAAACUGGUGGGGUCUAGUGUCAAGUUGACACAACAUUUUGAACCAUAUCCUUUAUCAUCUUUCUAGGUAUGCAAUUGAGUAUUAUCAUAGCAUGCAUGCCCUAAUAUUUGCUGUGGAUGAGAUCAAUGCAGAACCAGAUAUUCUUCCCAACAUUACACUGGGCUACCGUAUCUUUGAUACCUGUAUUACUGUGCGUAGAUCAGCACAAGGGGCACUUUGGAUGUUGUCAGGAGGGCAAGAAAUCACCCUGAAUUAUCACUGUCAUCAAGAGGCACCACUUGCUGGUAUAAUUGGGGACUGUGGGUCCACCCGCUCCAUUCUCAUGGCAGAAAUGUUAGGACUGUACCGAUAUCCACAGAUCAGUUACUUUGCAACAAGUCCUGUUCUGAACAAUCGCAAUGAGUUUCCUUCCUUUUUCCGUACCGUACCUAGUGAUGAAUUCCAGAUGAGAGGCUUGGCAGAGCUGGUCUCUUAUUUUGGUUGGACUUGGGUCGGCCUCCUGGCCAAUGAUGAUGACUAUGGCCAAUUUGGAAUUCAAAUGGUGAAGCAAGAGGUACUGAUGUCUGGUGGUUGUUUUGCUUUUAUUGAGAACAUUCUGACUGGUCUGCCAAAUAGAAAUGCUCCUCGUCUUGCCCAGGUCAUUAGAGAGGCAUCUGCAAAAGUUGUGGUUGUGAUAUCAUCUGAUUCUGAUUUCGUUAUUGUUCUUGAAGAACUAAUAAGACAAAAUGUCACUGGGACUAUCUGGGUAGGCAGUGAAGGUUGGGCAAAUUCUGCUCUACUAUCUGAUGAAAGAUUCCAGGUGGUGUUGGUGGGUGCCAUUGGUUUUUCAAUCCAUGGUGGACAACUCCCAGAAUUCACAAAGUACCUCAAGAGUCUCCAUCCUUUUAGAGAUGUCCAUGAUUCAUUUGUAAAUGAAUUCUGGGAGGAGGCUUUCUCAUGUAAGUGGCUCAACCAGAAUAAUGUAGAUAAACUCACUGACAAUGUUACCAUCCAUGCAUGUACUGGAAAAGAAAAUGUUGAGAGCCUAGUGGUUGAAGAAGUUCACAGAGGAUCUCUCAAUGUUUACACUGCUGUUUAUGCAAUGGCACAGGCCCUACAUAACUUGCAUCAAUGUAUACCUGGAUUUGGACCAUUCCUAAAUGGGUCCUGUGCUAACAUCUCAUCAUUACAACCUUGGCAGCUUCUCCACUACAUAAAAAAUGUGAACUUCAAGACCAAAGAUGGGGGUCAAGUAUUUUUUGAUGCAACGGGAAACCCUCCAGCCAUCUAUGACAUUGUGAAUUGGCGUGCAAGUGGCAGGGGAAACAUGGAUCAGGUUCUUGUUGGAAGCUAUGACUUGAAUGCUGCAAAUGGGAAGACUCUGAAUGUAGAGCGAGACUCUAUCAUUUGGACCAACGGAAAUAGCCAGGCCCCUAUUUCCAAGUGCAGCCCAAGCUGCCCCUCAGGAUUUAGGAAAGUGAUUGUACCUGGAAAACCCCUUUGUUGCUAUGAGUGCGUCCGAUGCCCCCAAGGACAGAUUUCAAACAUAACAGAUGCUGUGGAAUGUCAUCCAUGUUCCUGGGACACUUGGCCCAAUCUACAACAGGACAGAUGCUUACCAAGAGCUACAGAGUUUCUUUCCUAUGAAGAACCUUUGGGUUACAUCUUAGCUGCCAUUGCUAGUUUCUCUUCUCUAAUCCCUCUUGUUGUUCUUGGAGUCUUUUAUUUUUUCAAAAAAACACCAAUUGUGAGAGCCAACAACUAUUCCCUUAGUUGCCUUCUCCUGCUCUCCUUGUUCCUCUGUUUCCUUUGCUCUUUAGGGUUCAUUGGUUACCCACAACCAGGAAAGUGUCUUCUGCGUCAGGUGGCAUUUGGGAUGGUUUUUGCUCUUUGUAUCUCCUGUGUUCUGGCCAAAACCACCACUGUUGUCAUUGCCUUUAAUGCAACUAAACCAGGCAGCAGGUUAAGAAAAUGGACAGGGGUAAAGUUGUCCUACAGCCUCGUUGCGUUUUGUGCUUUAAUUCAGUUAUGUGUGUGCACAGUGUGGCUGAUCUUCUCUCCUCCCUUCGAUGAACUUGACACUGACACCAAACCAGGCCUGAUAAUACUUAAUUGCAAUGAAGGAUCAUCUACUGCUUUCUGGUGCAUGCUGGGAUAUCUUGGACUCUUGGCCACCAUCAGUUUCACGGUUGCUUUUCUGGCCAGACGCCUACCUGACAGUUUCAAUGAAGCCAAAUUUAUCACAUUCAGUAUGUUGGCUUUCCUCAGUGUCUGGGUGUCCUUUAUCCCAGCCUAUCUCAGUGCACGGGGCAUGUAUACUGUGGCAAUGGAGGUCUUUGCCAUUUUAUCUUCCAGUUGGGCUGUGGUGAUCUGUAUCUUUGUGCCAAAAUGUUUCAUUAUAUUGUUCAGACCCAACCAGAACUCCAAAAAACAUUUAAUAGUUAAAGACAGAGGCCAUAAAAAUUACUGA